AUGCGGACCCACCUGUACUCUACCUUCGUGGACCUGAUGAAAGCCUUCGACACGGUGAAUCGUGAAGGACUGUGGAAGAUUAUGCUGAAAUUCGGCUGUCCGGAGCGAUUCACUCAGAUGGUGCAUCAGCUGCACGACGGUAUGAUGGCGCGAGUCACGAACAACGGAGCUGUCUCAGAGGCAUUCGCAGUGACCAACGGAGUGAAGCAGGGAUGCGUGCUGGCGCCAACCCUCUUCAUUCUUAUGUACUCUGCCAUGCUGAUGGACGCCUACCGCGAUGAACGCCCCGGGAUCCGCAUCGCCUACAGGACGGAAGGUCAUCUCCUGAAUCAACGGCGCAUGAACUUCCAAUCGCGCGUAUCCAAAACCUACGUGCACGAACUUCUCAUCGCCGACGACUGUGCCCUGAACACCACCUCGGAAGAGGAGAUGCAACGCAGCAUGGACCUAUUCACCGCCGCCUGCGAGAACUUUGGGCUGGUUAUCAACACGCAGAAGACGGUGGUGAUGCACCAACCGCCACCCAACUCAGUCACAGCACCCAACGCGCCGCCGCAAAUCAGCGUGAACGGAACCCAACUGCAAGUGGUGAAGAACUUCCGUACCUGGGCAGUACCCUCUCGCGCAACACCAAGAUCGACGACGAAGUCACCAACAGGAUCUCGAAAGCCAGCCAAGCCUUCGGUCGCCUCCAAAGCACAGUUUGCAAUCGCCAUGGACUUCAGCAGAGCACGAAGCAGAAGAUGUACUAGGCCGUCAUCCUGCCGAAGUUACUGUAUGGAGCAGACACCUGGACGGUGUACACGAGACAGGCACGCCGACUGAACCACUUCCACCUCAGCUGUCUUCGUCGCAUACUGCGGCUGAACUGGCAGGAUCGCAUCCCCGACACUGAUGCGCUGGAACGAACGGGAAUGCUCAGCAUCUACUCCAUGUUGAGACAAAUGCAGCUGCAGCUGGAGCGGCCACCUGGUGCGCAUGGACGACGAGCGACUACCCAAACGACUCUUCUACGGAGACGACGCAACGGGUUCUCGUCGUCAAGGAGGCCCAAUUCGUCGAUACAAGGAUACCCUGAAGUCCUCCCUGAAGCUGCUGCAAAUCAACACGGCCAACUGGGAAGAGCUCGCCCGCGAUCGUCCGACGUGGCGGAGGACAGUCAAGACGGGCGCUGCAAUCUACGAAGCCAAUCGCAUGGCUGCCGCCAAAGCGAAACGCGAAGCCCGCAAAUCCCAACUGCGCCCAGUCAGUAACGCCGCCGCACAACCUCUUCCAACGUGUCCGCGAUGUCAGCAGACAUUCCGGGCUCGAAUCGGCCUUGUUGGACAUCUUCGGAUCAACUGUAACUCUCCAACUGCACAAACCUUGUCCCCCCGCCCGCCUCAUCCUCGUCCUCUCUGCCGCCAAAUUACUCUGGCAAUUCUUCUGCACCACCACUGCCACAACGGCGGCCACUCAGGCAGCCGUCUUGCACAUCAACAACCGCGACACAACAACCGGCACCACCCCCGCCUCACCCGACUCCAGCUAUGAGAAUCAGGACUACACCUGCCCUCACUGCGAUCGCACCUUCACUUCCCGCAUCGGCCUGGUCGGUCAGUUGCGAAUUCAUCGCCCAGAGACCGGCGAACCAGUGCCUGGAGCACCAACCUACACCCACCGCACUCGCCUCCACUGCCCACACUGCCUCGCACCUUCACGCAUCGCAUGGGUCUAUUCGGCCACAUGCGCAUCCUCGAGAGUGGAACUGACCGAAAUUCCGGCACGUCAAUCACACCCAUCAUGCCCAGCACCACCCUCGCUUCGUCCAUCUGCGCCACCACCAACGCCUCGUCUGUGGCUGACACUGACACCGCCGAAUCCACAUGUCCACACUGUCCACGCACAUUCACCUCACGCAUCGGCCUGGUCGGUCAUUUGCGAAUCCAUCGCGCAGAGACCGGAGAACCAGUGCCUGGAGCACCAACCUACACCCACCAAGCUCGACUCAACUGCCCACACUGCCCUCGCACUUUCGGGCACCACAUGGGCCUAUUCGGCAACGUGCGCCUCCACGACGACCUGCGGUAGACAACCGCCGGUUACACCACACAUCCACACACUGCCUACCCUCCUCCACCAUCAACAACACACAUCAACACCCACCCACCGCAUGCACCAACUGCCACCUUCCACGCAAGUGGGAAAUGUGCAUCUCGACUCGGUCCCCAUGCGGUUUCGGCUGCACGGGUGA